AUGCCCGCACACGCAGUGUGGGAUGAUGGUUAUGACUCGCAGAGCUCGGAGUACUCCGAGACCGACGUCUCACUUCAUCGACCGGGUGUCAGAACCCAUAUCCGACAGCGCUCCAUCUCUCGUCACCGCCGCCCGGAAGUCACUCAUUUCUUAGCACCAUCCCAAACCCGCAUGGUUCGGUCGGCCUCGACAAGCAGCCGACGCCGCCGAGACCCACCAGCACCACCAGCACCACCCGCACCACCAGCGGUAAUGAUUUUCAACGAGCAAGGGCUGCAGUCAGAGAGUCGUGCCGAGAACAAGCCCCAGUCUCGACGGGUGCAUCAAAAAUUUAAAGAUGACCACAGUCACCAUCAUCGCCACAACCGCUUCGAUGAUGAAGACGAUGCACCGGUCCUCCCAGCCCGCCGUGGGCGCCCCCGCGCCGUCAGUACUGCCGUCUCACGUGAAGCUUCCCCCUUCCACCGUGAUCACGAGCUAGCUAUGGGUCAGCACAUGCUGGAUCGCAACGACAUUCGGCAGGACAUGGUCCAGCAGAUCAUGGAGCGCGAUAACCUUCGGCAGGAUUUGGAUAUCUGGAAGCAUCAACAAGAGAUCGAACGGCUACAGCGGCAGCUGCAGAAAUCUCGUGAUCGCAGCACGCAUGAGCGCGAGCAGAUUAUUGUGAAUCCGCCAGCCGAUCCGCGUGAGUCUCGGCUGCUCAAGGAGGAGGCCGAGCUUUAUGAGGAAGAACUUUCGGAACGGCUGCGUAGGCUGCAGCGACUCGAGCGCAAGCAACAGUCUGCGGAGGAAGAGCGCAAGGCUGAGGAGCGCUAUCAGCUCAAGAAGUAUGCGGCGGACAAGAGAUCUGCUGCUGAGCAAGAGGAGAUUAGACAUAGACUGGAAGAGGAACGGUUGAAGGAGCUUGCGCGCAUACAGGAUGAGAAAGGACAGAGGGAGAAGCUCAUGCGGGAGGAGAGGUGGAAGGAGAUUGCAAGACAGAAGGAGGAACAAGAGGAGAGGGAGAAGCUUAUGCGCGAGGAGAAGUGGAAGGAGCUUGCAAGGCAGAAGGAGGAGGAGGAGGAGCAUGAAAAGCUCGUUCAGCAGAUUCGCGACGAAGAUGCGCGAAAGGCGAGGGAGGUCGAGGAGAAGCGGAAGAAAGAACUAGCUAUGAAGGCUGCUGCUGUCGAGGAGUGGAAGCUUGAACAGGAGCGCAUCAGGAAAAGACAAGCCGAGGAGGCGGCGCGGCAGGCGAAGGAGUUCCGUGAUCGACUUCGCAGCAUUGGCUAUACGGAGGAGGAGAUUGACAAUAUCAUCAAUAAGGAAAAGAGGGAGGGGGAAAAGAAGAAGAAAGAAGAAGAAGAGAAGAAGAAGAAGGAGGAGGAGGAGAAAAAGAAGGCAGAAGAGAAAAAGAAGGAAGAGGAGAAGAAGAAGGAGGAGGAGAAGAAGAAGGAAGAGACCAAGCUCACAUGGAUCAGGGUCCAUCGCAAGCAUUUGCUACCAGAUACCUUGAUCGCCUACGGUCUGCCUUGGGGUUUCGACGAGAACGACGGCAACUACAUCAUCAUCAAAAAGUGGAUAGACCACGACCUCCAGGAUCAGCUUUUCGCCCACACUCAACGUCUACGCGAGGGCAAGGUCAUCGCCGAGACUUCCCACUCGAGGACCGAACUGAAAGUCAACGACCGCAAAAAGGACAGAAUGUUCCUGGUUCGGAAGAAAAGCCCUUCAGGUCGUCGGGUGCACGUCUUCACAUAA